AUGGGUGAUACGAAGCCUCCAAUGAAGACAAGAGAUUCGGUACCAUCCGCAGUUGUAUGUCCGAUGCUAUCUUCAUCGAACUAUACCGUCUGGUCGAUGAGGAUGAAAGUUUUGUUGAGAGUUCAUAAGGAGAACAAGACUCCCCCUAACGAGAUCUGGGAAGCCAUUAAAUCAAGAAACCUUGGCGCCGAACAAGUAAAGGAAGCUCGUCUCCAAACCCUAAUGAACGAGUUUGAGCACCUAAGGAUGAAGGACUCAGACACGAUUGAUAGCUUCUCUGGGAAGUUAUUGGAACUAGCCGCGAAAUCAGCCUUCUUAGGUCAAACACUUGAAGAAUCAAAACUCGUAAAUAAGUUCUUGAAUAGCUUACCAAGAAGCAAGUACAUUCAUAUCAUACCUUCAGUCGAGCAAGUUCUUGACCUAAACAAGACAACUUAUGAAGACAUUAUUGGGAGACUCAAAGCAUACGAGGAACGAAUACUCGAUGAAGAGACUCAUGAGCCAUUUGGAAAUCUUCUCUAUGCAAACUCUAAUAAGAGAACAGAGAAGUCAAGAGGAAGAGGCAGAGGUCGUGGUCAAGGCAACACAGGAAGAGGGCGUGGAAGGAGCAACACACGAGAUAUAAGCAAAGAGAAGAAGGAUUACUCUAACAUUACUUGCUUCAAGUGUGACAAGAAAGGUCAAUUUGCCUCUGUUUGUCCCGAGAAGAAAGAUGACCAAGAGCUAAAUAAACAGGAAACAAAGGAAGCCGAUGUUGUAUACAUGCACGAGAUCGUAUUCCUCAACGAAGAAAAGGUCUUACCGAAAGCUAUUGAGCAAAAUAAAAGAGAAGAAGGAAUGCCGUACUUAGAUAAUGGUGCUAGUAACCAUAUGACCGGCGAACGAUCUUAUUUCUAUGAGCUUAGUGAAAACAUAAAAGGAAAAGUUGUUAAGUUUGGAGAUGGAUCUUGCGUUGACAUCAACGGAAAAUGA